AUGGCGCAAUCUUACGUGUUAAUAAAUAUUAUUGUCGUCGCGAUGAUGAUGAUGAUGAUGAUGAUGAUCGGCGUUGCAUUUUCGGGAGAUACGAACCGCGAACUCGUUCAAAUUGAGAAACCGAUUCGAGUGAGAAAUGUCUUCCCUCAAAAUCGAAACGCGAUGUCGUUCGUCAAUUCUUCGCCUAUAUUUUUUUUGCCUCUCCUUAAGCACAAAGUACAGUAUCAGAAGCUGGAUAAAAUUCCUACUUCUACUACUACUCCUAUUACUCCUCCGUUGCCUAGAAGUUGCAUCUGUGUCCCGUUUUAUUUAUGCGACAGUAAUCAGACUAUUAUCACUGAUGGUACAGGAAUAAUCGAUUUUCGCGUUGGGAGCUGUCCCGGAAUUUUCGAGGUCUGUUGCUAUCUGCGAAACGUCACAAUACCACCUGCAACAAUACCUCCACCAACACCCCCGAUAACUUUCCCGACUGCAUCGCCGAUUCCUACCGUACUGCCGAACUGCAUCUGCGUUGAGAUAUCGCUGUGCGACCCCAACGGAAUAGUCACCAUUUUCGGAGAGGGUGUAAUCAGCCCGCGACAACAAUACAUUCUAUGUCCAAAUGCCAAUCAAGUCUGCUGCAGAUUACUGGCGACCAGCACGCAGCCACCAACGACGCAAACUCCGACCACGAUACCGUCGACGUCGACGACGAUGACGACGACGACGCUGUUAUGCUUCGUGUGCAACAAUACUGUUCAGUGUUUCACCUGCACGAUCGUCAUCGCGCCAGACGGGACGAUAGACCCUAGAUUCUCUCAGAUUCUAGCGAGACAAAACGUCUGCGCGCUGACGAAUCUGUACUGUCAACCUAGUCCGUCCAACUCGUCGAUUACGAAUCUGCUCGGUCCAUUGAAGAAUCCGGGAACUCCACAGGCUUGCUACUGCGUAAAGACCUGGUUGUGUUCCGCGGGAAAUGUCAUAAGCCCGGACGGUCUCGGUAUAAUCGAUCCAAGAUUCACGGCUUGCUCGUCGGCGGAUCAAGUGUGCUGUCGACUCGCGGGAAUCGAUCUUCAAGGUCUUCGCGGUAUUUCCGUCUCCUCGUCCGGAGGUCUCGUUGCACGAUCCGAUCACUCGACUCCAGAGAUCACUUGUGGUAUACAGAAUAACAGUUACGCACCCCCGCAGCCUGCUUCCGCUGAUUCUGGAAAAACUUAUUUCGCUGAAUUCCCGUGGAUGGUCGCGCUUCUUGUAAAGUCCACGACUGGCGAUUCUUACGUUUUUCAAUGUGGUGCAUCGAUGAUAAAUAACGAGGCCAUCCUUACUGCUGCACAUUGCGUUAUAAAUCAGAAGCCUGAAAAUUUAAUAGUUCGCUUCGGUCAAUGGGACAUAAGAAGUAACGUUCAACCAUUACCCGUACAAGAAGCGAAUAUUCUCGCAAUAUCUAUACAUCCGUCUUACUACAGCGGUGGGCUUUUCCAUGACGUGGCUGUUCUUGUUCUGGAGAAACCAGUCGUCUACAGAGCGAAUGUCGCGCCGAUUUGCCUUCCUGAACAAGGUGCGAUAUUUCCGACAGGAAGCAGGUGCCUUGGAAUAGGAUGGGGUAGCAAUUCGUACGGACCAGAAGGAAAAUAUCAGGCUGAGCUUCGAAAGGUCGAUCUUCCAAUCGUCGAUCGAGCGGACUGUCAGACGCGUUUACAAAGUACAAAAUUAGGACAAUACUUUCAAUUGCACGGAUCAUUUAUCUGCGCCGGCGGCGAAACGAACAGAGACACGUGUCGAGGUGACGGUGGUGGUCCUCUGAUUUGUCCAGCUACUACGGGACAAUUUUUUCAAGCAGGCAUUGUAUCGUGGGGUAUUGGUUGCGGCACUUCUAACGUACCUGCAGUGUAUGCAAGUGUAUCGCAACAUCGUCAAUGGAUAGAUCAACAGCUCGCGACUUUUGGCGUAUAAUAACGCAUGGGAUAUUUAAUAUGAUAUUUCUAAUUCUCACUGCCAUGUCUGCGCUUUUUAUGUAUGAUUAUACAAUUACCAUGAUCUUUUCACUUU